CUCGCUUUUGUCCAGUUGGGAAAAGGUUAUCAGUAUUGUUUUAAUCGCCUUGUUCAUGUUCAGUGUAAAUUGUUGCUUGUUGAAUGAAGAUGAUGUACGGUUUAUUAAAAUGCGUGUUUUUCUGUGCUGUUUUGUUAAAUCUCAUCAGUUAUAGCUUGAAAAUGAUGCUUCGGAAUGAUCGACUUCCCCAGUUGGUUGAAGCGAAGGAAAGAAGACUUUGUUAGUUGUUUGUUAUUUUCCAGCUUUGCUUCCGUCUGCUCUUACCAAAGACCAUAGUAGAAAGGAUGGUUUAAGCGGCGCGGGUCGCAAGCCGCCCCUUUGGGCCGCCCUUUAGUGAUGGGGGCCCGUGCCGACGACCCUUACCGCCCUCAGAGGUUGGCCGAAUGGUUGCAUCGAUUGCCCCACGUUAAUGCCUCCUUCAAAGAAGUGGACAGCACCUUUGAUCCGGAUUCUGCUGUUUAUUUAGAGAGUUUAGGGAUCUUGGCAUCAGUACCAGCAGCCUGGUUAAUCUUCACUCUCUUCAUCCUACUGCUGUAUCUGCUGACUAGAUGUUGCGACCGAAAGCCACGACCUGCCAAGUCGAUUUCGGCCCUCAAAAUCACCUUGGCUGUUAUGUCGGUGCUCUGCUGUGGAGUGGUUGGCUUGGGUUUGUAUGGAAAUGACGAUCUGCACAACGGCGUGGUGCAAGCCCUGAACCAAGCGAGGCAAAUCGAUGGCUUGGUACAGAAAAUCCGGAAUCAGACUGAGGCCAUUGAACGACAGCUCAGAGUGCAAGCUAAAGCCGAUUUUGCUGUCAUCAGGACAAUUUUUGAUGUGCCGCCAGUCAGCAAUAUCAGUGCGCUUAAAGAAGUUGAGGGCCAUUUCAAGAGGCUGAUGGACAACAACACGCAGGCUGCAAACGCAGCUUCCGAUAUCAGGACUCCCUUGAUGGCGUUGGAUAUCAUUCCGAAGAUCGAAACAGGGGAGAAACUGGAAACCAUCCGGUGGCCGUUCACAAUGACAAUACUCAGCAUUUUGUUAAUUCUUUGCGUGAUUCUCGUCGUGGGAGUGGCCAGGCAUAACCGAUGUGCCCUAAUAGCGUUUUCAGUGUGCGGUCUUCUGGCCGUUAUUGCCUCAUUUCUGUUGUCUAGUGUGUAUUUAGCUUCGACAGUGGCAUUGGCGGAUUUCUGCAUGGCGCCGGAAAAAUUCAUCGAAAACCAAGCCAGCGCUGAUUUAUCCAGAGAGAUUCUGCGCCAUUAUUUGAAUUGCGAAAGAGCGCGCGCUAAUCCGUUCACGCAGCGGCUGCGCGAAGCGAAAACGACUUUGGAGAAUAUGCGCAUCGAACUCAGCUUGAUCAAACCGAAGGCCGUCAAAUUGUUUCCCAAUAAAGGGCUGGAACAGAAGUUCAGUUCGUUGAAGAACGAAAUCAACACAGCCGAUACCAUUGGGACCCAGUUAACAGCAUUGGUCGACUGCAGAACACUCUACACUCACUAUUUGCGCGGCACCCGAGCUCUUUGCAACCUGGGUCUGUUGGGGCUCACCUACAUGCUCAUUUCGGCUGUUCUGGCCGGCCUUCUGAUGACUGUUUUGGUGUGGGUUGACUCUCAUACCUGGAUUUACAUCAGGAAAAAGAAAGACUACCAGCAAGUGAACGAGGCCGAUCCGUAUUUGCCUCCACCGGCGGCGACUCAGGCGAUUGCGGCUAGAACCUUGCAGAGAAGCCAAGGGCAGUUCCCUGGGGCUCCCCCAGAUACUCCUCCGCCUAGUUAUGCACACGCCGCCCUCCUUAGGCCGCCUCCCAUGCAUGUUGCCGCCUCCGCGCCCGUGCAUGAGGCCGACCUUUUGCUGGAUGGGUGCGACACCAGAGCUCAGGAACAUCACAGAGGGGCCGCCCAAAUGGCGCAUUUGCGUGGCCACACUUUGGGGCGCCUGCCCUCCCAUCACCAUCACCACGAGUCGGUCAGCGGGCCAAAUAAUGGCAAAUACGCCACUCUGAGCAAACAGUGCAAGACACUGGAAAGCUCAGAUUUCUACUGAGACAGGCAUGCCUGCAAAGACUUCCCAAACUUUAAAGGUUUUACGUUUGACCAGCAACAUCAACCGCAGCAAGGUGGCAACGCACAACAGCCAAAGAACCAGCAGCAACAGGUGCAGGGCCACGAGCUACAACGCACCGCCACUCUUGGCAAGUACUCGUCCCUAGGCAGACGUCCGUUGCCACAAAUCCCCGACGAAAAGGCGAGAAGCAAGCCCCCGAUGCCCAAAGUACCCAUCACCAUUUCCGGUACCAUUUCCGAGACACCGCUGAACCCAAACAGCUUUAGAUCUCUGCAAAGGGGCGCAUGGCAGGACUCCGUCAGCAGCUUCCAGCCUGCAGCUCAGUUCCGUUCCCUGCAGCGCAACAAUGGCGCUCAGAUCGGAAGUGGGCACGCUCAGUUCCGAUCCGUUAAGAUCCAGGACCAGCAACAGGCUCCGGGUGACGAUUUGUACGCUAACAGCGAGAAUGAGCGCCAGCUCUAUGCUGUUACCGAGCUGUAGAUUGAUGUGGUUGGUCAAUUCGUUUCGUUUUACCAUGUUGAGAUUAUUCUUCCUUGCACCUGCAUCCGUGUCUUCUAAAGGUUUCAUUGCUGAAGUCUUUAAGCUGGACCAACAGUGCGUGUAACUUGAUGAGUUUAGUCUCAACAUCGAUUUUUAUGCAGAACGAUCAGUACCUGCCUACUAAGACUGGCCGUUUUGCAUAACCAGGUUUCGUUUAGUUUAUAUUUGGGAAAUGCAGGCAUGCAGAACAAUCCAUAGCACCGGAAUUCACACGUUUAUUUCCUCCCUUAGUAAUUAGAGUUAGUUUAUAGUGAACCCAAGCAAAUUCCUGUCAAUAAUCCAAAGCAAGAUCAAUUAGGUGUGUUUUUGUUUGGGGCUUUUGAACGGUUUAGCACGCUUGUUAAAGUUUCAGGACUCAAAGCGCGGUGAUUUUUAUUGAAAUUUGAGCUCAAUGGCGCAGUCGGUAGCUGCUGAUUGACGAAAAAUGUCCUUCACGGGUUGCAACUGUUCUCGGCGCGCCUAAAAACGCCUUUUAGAUUUAUUGGUAAAUUGAAUUGAACCGGUUCGCUCGCCGAUUGUAGUUAAAGUAAAUCCUAGCUUGAAUCUCUUAGCUAUAUGAUUAAAUAAGUUGUGCCAAAAAUGACUGAUAAGACUCAUUCCAUUUUCGCCAAGUUUCUUUUCCGGCACAGCUUCCCGCUUUAAAUGUUUGAUGUACCGAUGCACUUUGAAUUGGUUAAGCAACGGGGAACAAUAACUGACUACCAACUUCGACUUUACCAAGCAGACACUUUAGUACAAGUGCAGCUAGAUUUUUUACAUUUGGAAAACUUUCGAACCCAAACAUUGUACAUAAUUUUUUCUAGUACUCAAAAUGUAAAUACGCUCAGCAUGUUCUAUCACGGAUUGUUUAAGCAAAUCGGGCACAUUGAGGAGAAGUCUGAAUAAACAGUUUUCCCCAUGUGAA